UUUAAAUUUCAAGGUUCCCUUUAAAGAAUGCAAACAGUUGUCAAGGGGUUAUUUAUCUGAUCUGCAGCCAGUGAGGCAGGACGUUAGUCAACAUGCGAUGCAAUUUCAAUGGAACUCUGCUGAUCAGUGUGCUGCCGCCAGUGUUAUUCACAGAGUUUUUAUUUGGAGUCCUUGGAAAUGGUUUGGCACUCUGGAUCUUUUGCUUCCACGCGAGGCCCUGGAAGAGCAGCACAGUGUUACUCUUCAACCUGGCAAUGGCGGAUUUUCUGCUCAACAUGGCUUUGCCUUUCCGUGCCAUCUACUACAUCUCAGACAUCCAGUGGAAGUUUGGACACGCUCUGUGCAACAUCUGCCUCUUCAUGUUGGCAAUGAACCGCAGUGGAAGUACCUUCUUCUUGAUGGCUAUCGCUGUGGACAGGUACAUGCGUGUGGUGCAUCCCCAUCAUCCCAUCAACUCUCUGAGUAUCUCCAAAGCCAUGUGUGGUGCACUUGCAAUAUGGUUGCUCACCAUCUCAUUGACAGUUCAUGUCUUCAAUCUGAAACACAUCAACACAACCCGCUGUGAGAGCUUCAUGGUUGAUACUGAAAUGCACCAUAAUCUGAACUGGCACAAGUUUGAGUUUCUCUUUUCCUUCUAUGUGCCUCUGCUCGUGGUUCUCUACUGCACAUUCCACAUUGUUGGCCACCUGCGAAGGAGACAGUUGGCCCAGCAGGCGAAGAUGAAGAAGGCUCUUUGGUUCAUCGUUGUGGUGGCGGUGCUCUUCAUCAUUUGCUACCUCCCAAGCAACAUCGCACAGCUGGUGAUUUGGAUCCAGACCAAACAUCUAGCCAGCAAACUCCCCGAUACUGAAGCUUGCUCUGCUCUGGAAGACCUGACCAUUGUGUUUUUCGUCACCAUUAGCCUGACCUAUUUCAACAGCGUGUUGGAUCCUGCCGUGUACUACUUAUCCAGCCCUACCUUCAAGAACAUCUACAGGAAAGUUCUUCGUCUCUCCCAGGCCGACACUGAUAAAAGCACAGAGAGGAAAACUCGAGAAACAGGCUCCCAGACGCUCAGCCAGCUCUGAUCACACAAUCAAGGAAAGCAUUAAGAUGGAUGCAGCUCCGUAGUUACAAUUUUAAGAUUUCAUGUGUCUUUCAAAAUUGUCAUGGAAGUGCUAGCGAUGUUAUUUGUAACAAGCAGUUAUCCAGUUUAUAUUGAAUGCAAAAAAUGUAUUGCCUUCGGAAAACAUAUGCCAUAGCAACGUUUUUAUUUUUAUCUUGUCCAUAUAUUGACUGCACGUUUCUGAAUAUUUCUUUUGUAUAACAUAUGCUACUGUAAAGCUGUGAAAUCCUUUAUCUACAUAAUAUUUUGUUCAAUUUACAGACAAUUGUCUAAACUCACCAUACAUUCUGUGUUGUUGUUGUGUUACUGAAGACCAAUACAUUAACCAGACAUUGUUUCAAGAAUAAUAUCAGCUUAUGAAUAAAAUAUAAUAUAAAGUGAAAACUAUCAUAAUUAUGGAAACACACAUAUCAACUGUGAUGAUACAAAUGACUCAAGACUUAUAGCUUUCUCUAAGCAGGCAAUCUGUGAUCAUUAUGAUACCAAGUCAUAUUAAUGAUAAUGAUUAUUAAUGAUUUUUUUCCGUUUCAUCUAAA